AUGGGUAGACCUCCUGAUCUAGAUGAGGCAGCAGAUGCAAUUGCACAUCUUUGUGUUGAAUCUUCUUUUCCUUGUCUUCUUGGUUGUCGUUGUUCAUUACAUGAAGAUAAAAAACAUAAUGCAGCAGCAGGAGGAGGAGCAGGAGGAGGAGGAGGAGCAGCAGCAGCAGGAGGAGCAGGAGGAGGCGGAGGGGGAACAGGAACAGGAACACAGACGGAUGGAGCAGCAGCAACAGCAGCAGCAACCCAGACGGAUGCAGCAACAGUAGCAGCAACACAUACACCAGAUGCAGCAGGAACACAUACAACAGAUGCAGCAACAACACAUACAGCAGAAGCAGCAAUGCAUACAGAAACACCAACUGCAAAUAUGCAUACUGCAGCAGCAACACAUACAGCAGCAGCAGCAGCAGCAGCAACACAAAAUAAUUCCCCACAAAUGCCUUUUAAUGCUAGUAAUGUUGUACUCAACUCUCAUCAUCAGCAGCAGAUGCAGCAGCAGCAACAACAACAGCAGCAGCAACAGAUGCUGCAGCAGCAACAGAUGCAGCAACAACAGAUGCACUCAACAAAUCCACAAAUCGCAACGUCUGCAGCUGCUGCUGUAACCGGAGCUCCUGCAGCAGCAGCAACAACAGCAGCUGCAGCAGCAACAGCAGCAGCUGCAGCAGUAACAGCAGCUGCAGCAGGGGCCUCUAGACGGCACCCGCAGCAGACAGACACAAUGUCCUCUCCCUACCGACGCUGUCCAGAGUUGGAUAAGAGCAGCAGCAGCAACAGCAGCAGCAACAGCAACAGCAGCACGAGUAUGGUUUGCUGCUCGGACUUUUUGCUGCCUGGGAAGCAGACUGAGGCAUCAGAGGAGUUGCUGCUGCUGCAGAGUAUGACGCGAGCAACAACAGCAACAGCAGCAGAUGCAGCAGCAGAUACAGCAGCAGAUGCAGCAGCAGAGAGACCCCUAGAUCCAACAGACAGCAGCAGCUCUGCUGUUGAGUUUGAUGAGGAUUGCCUAGAGGAUACAGAGUUGUCCUUCUCCCCAGCAGCAGCAGCAGCAGCAGCAAGUGUAGGAGCAGCAACAGCUCCUGGUGCUGUUGUUUCCGGUGUGCCCGUAGGUGCUGCUGGUGCUGUAGACCCUGCUGCAGCUGCAGCAGUUGCAGCAGAGUCUGCUGCAGCAGCAAAUGCAGCAGCUGUUGCAUUUACUGCUGCAGCUGAUUCUGCUGCUGUUGCUGCUGCUGCUGCUGCUGGUACAGCUGCAGCAGAUGAACAUGUAGGAGUAUACAGAGGAAACACGGAGGUCGUUCCUUCGCUAAUGCCAUCUGCUGCUGCUGCUGCUGCUGUCGAGCAGCAGCAGGAGGCAGCUUGCUGCUCCUUCACAGCAGAAGUAAGAAAGAGACACAACUACACUUCCUUCCCUAAACCCUAA